AUGAUUACACGUACCCAAAACGGCUCGAUGUUAUUGAAUCGAAUAAACCAUGAACCGUCGAAUGAUAGUGCAGAGGGAUCGUGCAAUAGUUUGUUCAAACCGAAGACUUUGAAACGGAAGAAUUUGAAGCAUUUGACUCUAGAAUCAUCAUGUUCAUCAUCAUCUUCCUCUCCUGACGAAAUACCGAAAGGUUUUAGUAAUGGAAAUGGUCCAACACUCAGUUUGAUGUUGGAGAAGCUUCCGGUCCGUGAGGAAAUAAGUCCAAUUAGCAGAGACACUUCAUUCCAGACGGUUUCAUUCCUUCAAGGGAGUUCUAGUACAUCAGAUAUAUCUUCCAUUGUCAGCGGGACUACACCAACCACAAGAGAUGCUCCAAUGUCACUUACUCCUACAGGAGUCAGUAUGAUGCAACAGGAGACAGAUGAAACGGCCACAUUGACUACUCAGAUUGCUCGACUUUCUUUAACCCCAGAGAACGGAAUUCAACUCGAAAACCUUGUACGAUUGAGCAAGAUUGGAGCGGGAAAUUCGGGUACUGUGGUGAAGACUUUGCAUGUACCUGAUUCUAGAAUCAUAGCUAAGAAAACUAUACCAGUAGAGAAUAAGGAAGUGCUGAAAAAUCAACUUGUUAGAGAACUAACCAUCAUGAAAAAUGUUUCAGCCCAUGAUAACAUUGUUGGUUUCUACGGUGCAUUUUACAAUCCAUCCACCACUAACGAAAUAGUGAUUCUUAUGGAAUAUAUGGAUUGUGGCUCGUUAGAUAAGAUUUUGUCAGUUUACAGAUCUGAUUGCCAUAGGAAAAACGUUUCUAUAUCGUGCAAGACAUCGUGGUUCAACGAAAUGCCUCUCUCAAGGAUCUCCUUUUGUGUUUUAAAUGGACUUAUCUAUCUUUAUGACUGCUAUAAAAUCAUUCACAGGGACAUCAAACCGUCCAAUAUAUUGAUAAACUCGAAGGGAGACGUAAAGAUCUGCGAUUUUGGUGUCUCUACUACUCUAAUUAACUCUCUUGCGGAUACCUUUGUCGGAACCUCCACUUACAUGUCACCUGAACGUAUCCAAGGUGGCAGAUAUACUACUAAAGGUGAUGUGUGGUCAUUAGGUCUUAUGAUCAUCGAGCUCAGUAGUGGUGAGUUCCCACUAGGUGGACAUCACGACACACCAGAAGGGAUUCUUGAUCUUUUACAGAGAAUUGUCAAUGAACCUGCUCCAAAACUGUCAAAAAAUGAACAUUACUCCAUAGAAAUGACAGAUUUCGUGAACAGGUGUUGCAUUAAGGAGGAGAGAGGACGAUCAUCUUUGAAAGAAUUGAUAUGUCAUGAUUUCAUCUGUAAGUAUAACAACAGAGACACUAUUGCAAAAGAAUUCAGGCAUUGGUGCAAAAAAGUGAAGAAGCGGAUCAAAGAGGAUAAGAUGAUAAGAAGAGAAGAGACAGAGAGAAGUAAGAUCGAAAAAAGACAAUUAGAGAAAGCAGCGUUGGCUGUUACAGCCGCAAGGUCUUCGAGUACAAGGCGAUGA